AUGUUGAAAAGUUACCUGAGUUUGCGCGACCGAUUAUCGCAAGCGUGGCUGAAUGCUUACACAUUGGCACUUCUGCUAGCCGUUUUUAAACUAGUUUUCUUCUCAUCUUCGCUCAGAAAUGCUAUUAACCAGUCCGAGACUUAUAUAGUCUCACGUUGUGAGUCGAUUGACGCAAUAUACAACAAUGGGUUGAAGAACACGCCUCAUUAUCUGGGACUUUUCGGAAACUACUUGGUGAAGGAGGCCCUAGAACAAUCAGUGAAGGCAACUUUAAAAACUCUAUCCUUUUUAGUGCAUGCAAGUGAGGUGUUGCUUACAUUCUCCGUCGAUCUUUACCUAGGCACAUAUGCAUGUCUUAUCGUAAGCGCGAUCGAUGGCUCCGUGGAUGUAGCUACUAAUGCUACCGAGAAAAUCAUUGAUUUGGUUAAUUCUACUGUUUCUACUUUUGCGAACGAGCUCGACGAUGGGCUGGACAGUGUGUCGAAUGUCAUUGACAAGAUUAUAUCUGCUGCCUCCAAAGUGGAAAGUUUAUUCAAGGGAGGUAAUGCUGAUACCGUCUCUCAAAAUUUGGCCAAGGUAAAUUUAACGAUCUCUUCCCUGCGAGACUUCCAUAUACCCUCCUCGAUUGACGACAAGCUACAGCAGCUCUCAGAUAAGACCCCAGAUUUUGCUACGGUGAAGAAUAUGACCAAAAACUUAAUUUCCAAACCAUUUGAGGAAGUUAGAAGCGACAUAGAUGCCUUAAAUACCAGUGCCAUCGUGCAAAACCCACAAAUGCUUUACGUCCCACCCUUGAAUGACGUUAACGGAACUGCUGGAAUCUGCAGCAAGAAUAUCCCCUCAAUUGAGAAACUAUACGGUUCCCUGGAUCACGCGCUGAUGGUGACAACAAUUGUUUGCAUCGUUCUACUCACUCUCGGAGCAGUCCUGAUGUUGCUUCCUGCUGCGUGGAGCGAGAUCAGGUAUUGGAACCGCCUGAAAUACAUGGAGGAUCAGUUUGAACUGAUAGCUGUGCAGGAAAAAGACCAUCCGCCCGACCCCUUUCGAAACACGGAAGAAAACCCGUCCUGGGAUCUAAUUGCGGCUGUUAAUGCCUGCCUGCAAUACUGGAGCUUCAGAAUAAGCAGGUGGAUCAUCAGUGCCUGCGGUGCGAUCCGCAGCAAAGGUGAAAUGACAAAUCUACAGAAAGUUAGAAUCCACUGGGUGGUUUCAUAUGUCACGUCGUCAAGGGCCCUUUGUGUUCUCUGCGUAGGUGCAAUUGGCUUGCUCGUUUGCGUGUUGCAGCUGGUAACAAUAGCGGUGCUCAGGAGAACCCUCCAGCAUGAGGGAGGCAGCUCAAUGGAACAAAUGCUGAACAGUACAGCAUUGAGCUUUGAAAGCGACAUCAACACCUGGUGUGAAGAGACUAAUGCAUACAUUAACUCGACAGAGGGCAACAUGAACGAUCAGCUCUUCGGAUGGCUACAGAAAACCACCGUUUCAGUGAACGACACAGUGACAAAGAUGAUGUCAGGAAUAGACGGCACUCUCGCAGACGUUUUCAACGGCACAAUACUGUAUUCUCCGAUGAACACCGUAGUGGACUGUGUCAUUGGCAACAAACUUACAGCGGUGGAGCAAGCCAUGACAUGGAUCCACGAUAACGUCCAAUUCAAGCUUCCAAGGCUCAACGGUUCUGACAUCACCACUGUUUUCCAGCAACAGCAGAAAAACAGCGCAAAUUCCACAACUUCUCCCACGCCAUUCUCAGCAGAAGACAUCGUCAGCGAGUUGCGUUCAGCAUUAAUCAAGAUUCUCGACAGCUUCUACAAUACUGCAAUAUGGGAACUCACCGUAGCACUCGUCAUUCUAGGCAUAUGGCUAAGCCAAAUACCCAUAGCCAUCGCCAUCGUAUUAUACCGGUCUCGCCGCCUGCCGACCAACGAGGAGCAAACAAAGCCUAAAUAA